ACGUGUUUUCGGCUGUGCUCCUUUGAAGUAGAUUUUACCUACAGGCUGUAGCUUGAACAUUUUUCUUUAGGCCACCAUUUUGCCUAUUCAGCCUUGCGUUAUUAUUCAGAUAUUUGAAGUGAUUCUGGCUUCCCAGAGAUUUGCCAGAUUAUUAAUCGUUGCAAUUCGCGUGUAUUCCGUGGUUUUCCUGUAGAUUUUGCGCUAGUCCACGUCAUCCGCAGAUUUUAGUUGGUCAUCGCAGGAAUUUUCGCCAUUAGUCGCCGUCGCCAUCUUUGAAAAGGGCUAGCGAGAAGUACGGCGCACAUCGGUCAAUCGCGUGGCAGCAAAGUUACUGUAGAUACUGGAAUCUUCGCAUUAUCGGAUAAUCGAUACACGAGAAGCGAAUUAAAGUAAAGUCAGUUAAAAGAGAACAAUUAAAGAGGAUUUCGAUCUCCAUUAUACCGGCGUUAAGCUAAAGAAUGGAAAAGCUCUAGUGGCAGUGGCAGCUGUCGAUAAAACAGUGCACCGAGUUUAAGUUGAAAUCAACAGCAAAAAGUUGAAAGCUGAUAGAAUCGAUAAAGCAGUUUGAAGUUCACAUCUGAGAUUCUGUUGUGUCGAUCAAAAUGCCGCGGAUUGACCCGUUAAAGUUGCUGGUAUGCCUCAGUGUUUUACUGGCUCCCAAUGGCGGCAUUCGUAGUGCGAAUGAAGUAAAACGCCUUGCAAAUUUGAUGGCGAAAUUUUCCAAGAAACUUGUAUCUAAAUGCAUUUAUAUACAAAUAUUAAAAUGCACUGAGACUGAACUACUCGGGCAGUUUAUGGCCGCUGGUGGUUGGUCACUGGUGCACAUGUGGUUGGCCGAUGGUAUUACCACCAAGAAUUGGCCUUUGAUACAGGAGCUGCUUGAAUUAUUGCUGUGCUGUCCGGUGGAUGUUGAACGACUUAAGAGCAAUACAGCACCUAAGCUGGUCAAGUCAUUGUCCAAGGACAGCAGUCACGAGGGAGUUCGUCUGCUUGCUUCCAAGCUUGUGGAGCAGUGGCUCAAGAUCGCUCGAAGUGACAUCCGAUCCGGUUCACUGGUACCAUCCUCGUCAGGAGCUCAACAAACCGCGCAGGCAGACGGAAAACAAAACGCCUCUAGCAGUGGCCCGGACGUUGCAGGUCAGGAAGAUUUAAUCGAGGAAGGACAUGAAGAUGAUGUCGAUGGAAGUGUUGUAGAAGAGGAGUGUGACGUUCCAGAUGCUAUUCCGAUCGACGAGCAGCAGCAACAGGGUGAGCAGAACGGUGCCAGUGGAGAAGUAGACACGGAUGAUUCUGAAGAGAAUGUGGAAGAAACUAAGAAAGCCUUCAAUUCGGCCGUUGCUGAGAGUAACGCUAAGAAAGCUCCAUUACUGUUUAAGAUUACGGUAAAAAAUGGUAAGCAAGUACUGGCAAAGGUGGAGUCUCCUAGCAAGAAGAAUUCAUCGUUGGUGGCUGAUAAUGAAGGUGAUAAAACUAAAACCGAUGAGGAAGUGAAUGAAAAUGGUGCAAAAGAUGGUGCAAGUGAAGAGGUUAAUUCUGAAGAGAAACCAACAGGGGUAGAAGAAACUGAUUCUAAGGAAUCAAUCGAUAAAAACGAUGAAAACAAGACAAAAGACGAGAAAAAAGAGAAGAGCGAGUCUGAUAAAAAGGAUCGAAGAAAAAGCGAUGAGAAAGAUCGUAGUAAAGAUAAAGAGCGAAGCUCUUCGAAAGAUAAAGAUAAGCAUAGGGAGAAGGAUAAGGACCGGAAAUCUAGUAGUAGCAGCAGCAAUCAUAAAUCUUCGUCAUCUAAAUCAUCGUCAUCGAAGCAUAAUAGUAGCACGAGUAGCAGCAGUGGUAAAAGCAAAUCAAGCUCAAGCUCCAGUAGUAAAAGUUCUAGUAGCAGCUCAAGCUCGAAAGACAAAGACAAGGAUCGUCACAACAGUAGCACAAGUAGCAAUAGCAGCAGCAAGAGUAAACACCAUCAUAAGAGCUCAUCUUCAUCAUCUUCGUCCAAGUCCUCUAGCAGCAGUUCCAAAAGUGGAAGCUCGAGUGAAAAACAUCGUGAUCCCAAAGACAAAUCCAGUCACUCGAGCAAAGAUAAAGAUAAAGAAUCAACUCCGAAAGCAACAUCUCCAUCUUCGGCAAAAUUGCCCAAAAUACCCAGAAAACUUCGGGAAGAUGAUGGAGACAAGAGUGAUUCCUCAUUGAACAACAAAUCAUCUCCAGUCAGCAGCAAAAAAGCCUCGAUUUCGAUUGAAGUGCGUAAUGCUGAGAAUCGUCCGAAGACUGUAAAAACCUACAAUUCCCAGUUCCGCUCGCAUGGUCUGAUUGAGGAAGCUCCUCCGCCACCGUCGCGCAAGGGCCUGAAGAAACCAGCAUCAGUAUCCAGCCCGUCAGCGGUAAUCGGAUCUACGGCUACGGGAACCAUCGGCGGCAGUAAACGAAGUUCACCGCCUCCCUCAUCCAAAGAUGUCCCACCAGAGAAGAAAGCCCGCGAAGAUCCCGUAGAACGACCAGGAGCAAUUAAGCUUAUUCCUCCGAAACGGCAACACUCGCUCGUUGAAUCGGACAUGUUUAUGGAUGCUCUCUCGGCAACGCUCAAAAAGGACGUGAAGAAACGCAAGCGAAAGCUCAGUGCAUCCGAGAGCAGCAAGACCGCCGCCACGGACAAGUCCGGUGCCAAUCCAGCGACGGCAACGACGGCCGAAAAAGCCUCCAAUGCUACCGCCGCUUCACCAGACAAGAUCGCUCCCGCUUCACCACCACCAACCAGUCCGGUGACGGAAAAACAAGCCCCCUCAACACCAACUGGCAAGCCCGUCCAAUCAAAUUCCUCCGAUACGACUGCACCAGAUACCACCACCAGCAACGGUUCGGAGCCUGCGUCGUCACCCGCCAAGGUAGUUGCAGCGCCGAUGUCAUUUUACCGUGAUACUUUGGCAGAUUCGGAAGAAAAUGCCGAAGACAAAAAAGAAUCCACCGAAGGGGACGAGAAACCGUCCGACAUCUCAUCCAUGGAUGUUGAUGUUAAAUCUGAGGAAACAAGCGGCACUUCAGCCGAACAAGCUGAGGACGACGAUGAUGAGGAUCUGAUUAAAAAACCAAAACGGGUCAAAUCAGAGUUGAACAAUGACGAUGAGGAUGCUGAUGAUAAGCUGAUCAAUGCGGUUGAUCACGACCUUGAGAAGAAAAUGGCUCAAGCCGAAGGAGCGAGCCUGGAAACCCAGGACAGUAAGAAGCCUCCCGGUCCGGGUUGUGGCCCCGAUGGACCUCCUGGAGUGCUGGUAAUCCAUCGCCGUAAAGGACCCAAAAAACAGCUCAAAUGGAAAGCACAAGAAGAGCUGGAGGAAAUUCGUUACUUCGAGUUGGAUAUUACCGAGCGGUGUAAUGUGACGAAGACCUUUACUGAUUUGAAACAUCUAGAACGGGUGGACGAACGUGAAAAGUACAUGCUAGCACGCAAAAUACAUACGGAUGACGUGAUGAUUGAGCGAACACCUUGGAUACCGUUAAUAACGGUUGAUAACGUUCCACCUCAUCCAGAUGGUGUCAACAGUCAAGAAAGACGUAUUCAACGGGACCGCGAACGUAACGUUCUUCAAGCUCUGUAUUUCAACCGUCACAUGAUUCCCGACUCACCAGGUGAACCGGAUGUGGAGGUGUAUUCGGUUUCCACUCCAGCGCAUAUCCCACUGGAAGAUGUGACCGGAAACCCCGACUCUGUAAAUGACUUCACCACAAUGCCUUGGCCUGAACCAAAGUCGACUCCACCCCACGAAUCGGCCGGUUUCAAUUCACCUUUCUUCACUGGUACCAACAACGAUUUUCCACCGUUUGGUGGACCUGGAAACUGGGACAUUCCUGGAGCUAAUCCAAGCCCCAUGCCGGGAAUGCUUCCACCGGGCAGGAUACCUCCGGGAAUAAGUCCCAUGCCGGUCGGAGCCCAUAACAGCAAUCCAAUGGGCGGGCCCAAUAUGAUGCGACAAAUGAGCGUGCCACCCAGUAUGCCUCCCAAUGGACCACCCAAUAUGCCACCAGCAGGUCUUCCACAUCCAAACAUGUUCCCAAACAAUCCCAACAUGUUCCCGAACAAUAGAGGACCACCGCCCAUGCAACACAUGAAUGACAUGGAGGACGAUAAUUUCCGAGGUGGACCUCCGCCACCUCCCAGCUGGUUUAAUAAUGGGAAUAACCGAGGCCCACCAGGAAACUUCCACCACAAUCAUAAUCGUGGUGGUGGAGGAGACGGUGGCCGCGAUGGUGGACGAGGUGGUUUUGGUGGUGGUGGUGGUCGAUCCAAUCAAGGCAGUUGGAUGAAUAACAAUCGAGACAAUGACCGGGGAGGACCACGCAACAGUAACUAUCGGCCGCCUUGGCUGCAAAAUCGUGGCAGUCACAACAACCACCGAGGCGGUGGAAGGAAGUGGUAAAGAAUUAUCCUUACCACGUAGGCUGUAUUCUCUUUUUGUACAGUGUCGCAUGGCUGAGCCUGGUGAUAAUAGUGAAGUAAAAGCAUUAUUCGGCUUGUUGUAGAGCGGAAGAGUAGGUUAGAAUUUAGUUUCUAAGUCGUCAACCGGUUUUCUAUGGGUUUGAAGCUGAUUGAGUACCGCAUAAAACAGCAUUUACGACUAAGAUUGAAAGAGCUGAACGACCUUGGGGUACAAAUUAGCUUGUAAAUUGUAUUAAUUUCUGGUUUUAAAUACUUAUUUAUCUAAGUCAAAGUUUUGCUGAACAAUAAAGGGCUUAUCGUGAGGGGGCUCACAUGUAGAUAGCUACAGUUAGUAUACUGCUUUGUUGUACCAUUUUUGUU